AUUUUUUUCCCUUGGUGCUUAAUGUGGUUAGGAAGAGAAAUUUGACAAGAUCAUCUCAAAUCUCACUCUCAAAGAAAAAUGCUUUGUCAUCUCAAAUCUUAAAUGUCGUCUCAAAUCUUAAAUGUAGUAACGCAUUUGCAGAUGCUAUCUUGACAUCUCAAAUCUUAGAUACGGUUAGGAAGAGAAACUAACAAGGUCAUCUCAAAUCUUAAAUAUGAACUGCGCCUUCAGAUGGUAAGAAACAAAAUCUCUUGAAUCUUUUCCUCGUGCUGAUGACAGUUUGGUCCAAUAUUAUGAUUCUUUUUUCUUUUUCUUUUUUGGGAUAGGAAUAUUAUGAUUCUGAGGCAAAAGAAGAUAUUUUAUAUCAUUCCAUCCAUGAGGCAGGAAACGAAAAAGGAGUUGGCAACAGCGAAGGAGUCGGCGCCGUCCGGUGGCUCUCUCUCGCCGGAGCAGCGCAACCAUGCGGCGGCGAGCGGCCGCCGUAUCCACCUGGUCCCCCCUCUCUCUCUCUCUCUCUCUCUCUCUCUCUCUCUCUCUCUCUCUCUCUCUCGGCGGCGCCGCCAAGCGACACGUCCGCGGUAACGCUAUCUUCUACCACCUGACCCUCCCCUCGCCUCCCGCCCGCCACCUGCUCGACGAAUUGCUCAUCGCUUUACCUGUGGAAGGACAAGGUUGCGCAUCUGCUGCUGCUGCUGCAUCUCUCGGCCUCCGUCGAUCGCGCCUAUGGGGAACCAGGCAACCGGCACUGAGCUUGGCCGCGGCUGCCACAUGCCACGCUGUCAGAUCCCGGCGCCAAAUGAACCGGGGAUCCACAGGAUUUCGAGCGAAUUUUGGGCUAGGUGGCUACCUAUCGGGAAUCCUACAGCAAUUGAGGAAAAAUUAACAGGGAAUAAACGAAAUUAAAAUGGGCGCCGCAAGACAGGUUUUAAUUUCUCGAUCCCCUUCUCAUCGAUUUCAGAUCGGCUUAUAAGGAGUUCGCCGCCUGGGUACAGGCGUACAGCUGGACAGAACAGCUCAGCAACUGAGUUACGAGCUAAGUUUCAGACUUAAUGACAACAUUAGAACAGAAACAGUAAUUACUAAAAUGAACCCCAUCCGUCCGAUUUACAUAGUCAGACCAAAUGCUUGUUUCUUCAGUUUCGUCAGAAUUCAAAGGCCUGACACACGCGCGGCCGCGCUCCUCGACGACCCGCGCUCGCCAUUGGCGCCCAAGCGGCGCCAGCGCGGUGGAAUCGACCAUCUGCGUAUUGCGGUCCCGGCAACGAGGGCAGUGCGGCGGAAGAAGUCGAUAGAGGAGGUUUGAUUUGGCUUGAGCCGAUUGCAGAAUUUGCAGAAACCAGGACAGAAUCUUCACCUUCUUGAUUAUCUUUUUUUUCGAUCAAGAGGUUGUUUGAGGAGCAGUGGAAGGGAGAACACACAAUCCAGAGAAAUGUGAUAGGGAAAACAACACCGCCAAACUGACUGAAAUCUUGAAUGAUCAAGGUCUCAAUAGUAGGAGUAGCAUUUACAAGAAAAAUGGAGGUGCAGAGCUUCUAAGAUCAUCAUUCUCUUCUCCCUUCCCUGCAUCACAAAAGCAAGGGAGGGAGAGAAAAAAGGCCCGGCCAUUUCUGAAGAAGAACAGCAAACAUGGCGCAAUUUUUGACGUGCAUUGCACCUGCACGGGACUUUGUCAUACACCGGGCUUCUUGUCCAUCUCGCCGCAGCCGCAGCCGAUGGAUCCGGCGAGCCCGGCGGCGGCGGCGGCGGCGCCGCCGCCGCCGCGGUGGAGCCUGCACCGGAACGAGCCGGCGUGCGUCGUCGGCGAGCAGAGGCACGACGGCGAGGCCACCCGGGGGCUCCCCAGCAGCUGCUUCGACUGCGCGGCGGCGGCGGCAUGCUUCGUCGGUGUGGUCAUCAUCACCGCCGGCGCCUCCGGCGAGUUGGUCACCGAGAGCUUCCCCGUCGGCGAGGCGUGGAGGAUGUGCAGGAACUUCCCCGACGGCGACUUCUUUUGCACCGAGAUCUUCUUCAUCGUCAUAGGCCUCUUCAGCUGCUCCUCCAUUGCCGCCGGAGCGACGAUCUUUGUUUUGCUUUCUAUUCUGCAGAUAAGAAGAACAAACUCUUUCAAGAUAAGUAAAUUUCCUUCUGUGAAUACAAAAAAAAGUUUGCUUCCAAUCCGCAUAGAAGAGAGAGAAAGAAGGAAUGCAGAACAAGAGAUUGAUUGAUUGGUUACCUGGAUUGAAAACAAACUCUAUAAGUUACCUACGGAUCCUUGUAAUUAUUUUUCAACCUAAAUAGAAGAUUAGAAGUACUCUAUCGGAUUUUGUAUAGGGAAGUACUAGUCACAAAUUAAAGUGGUGAAAAGAGAGUGGUUUAUCAGAGCCUAACUCUAUUUAAGGCUACAUAACAGCUGCACAUGCUAUUUUUAUCAUGUCCUCCUAA